AUGGGUAACAGCAGCUCCAAGGAAAGCGAGGAAAAAGUACGGGCCACGGCCGAAAUGUUCCAGACGCCCAUUGACACCCCACAAGAUCGACAACCGGGCAAAUCCAGAUACCCCACUCCCACUGGCAAGGAAUACGAUGUCAUUGACAAGAUUGCUGCUGAAUUGCCCAACAUUAUCGAUGAAGAAUCCAAACAGCAAGUCCAGGAUUAUUUGGAAGCAUGUGAUGGGGGCAAGGGUCCCAUGGUAGCAUGCUUUGCAGCUGGAGAAUAUCUUAGUUUGUUCGAGAGAAAACACAAGGAGGCGGCAGAUUUGUACCGAAAUAUUUGUCAUAGACCCAAAAAUGACAAAUCUCCCAAUGGAGUGUUGGUGGAUGGAACCAAGGCCUAUCCAGCUGGAUGUUUCAACUUGGCAAAGAUGCUCAUGACAGGAAAGGGUGGAAUUCAAUACGAUCGAGCCGAGGCUUAUCGGAAUUUUGACCGUGCCUGUCGAGGAGGCCAUGGUGGAGCCUGUCAUCUCCAAGCCCAAAUUUUGUGUAGUCCAGCAGGCGAAUUGGGCCCUGGUGUACCCCAUAAUCCUCGCAAGGCAAUUGACUUGUAUCAAAAAGUAUGUGACGGCGGAGACAGUAUUAGUUGUUUUACAUUGGCCAGCAUGCUGUUGAGAGGAGACAAAGUAAGCAAACAAGCCGACAAUGUUAGUCCUCAAGAAGCACGAGGAAUCGAGCCACUGGCCCAACGAACCAACGAGGAAGAUCGGUCGCGCAGAUCUGAUGAUACUGCACCCGUACCAAGGGAUCCCAAACGAGCCGAACAAUUGCUGCUGCAAGCUUGUGUGAGUGGGUCCCACGCGACAUCGUGCCACAAUUUGGCCGUCAUGUACACGCAUGGUGAUGAUGGAGUGCCAGCUGAUCCAGCCAAGGCAGAAGAGUUUCAACGAAAAACGGAUGACAUGGUGCGGAACUUUGGUGGGUUCUUCUAA